AUGUCCCAUCCGACACAGAAUACCACCAACGACAUCCUGCUGCUGUCUGACUCGUCCAGUACGUCCGAUACUGCGUCCAAUGCGUUGUCUGCUUCUUCUGCACACGGACUUCAGGCCGUUCAUGUCAAUGCCGCCAGAGAAAUGGUCAGUCUCCAUACCAGGGGUCGAUUGCCUCCUGGGAUUCAGCAUCCGAUAGCUGCCGGGCUGUCUUCUUCAGUUUCCAGCUCAUUUGUCGGGUCUGCGUCUUCUGUAUCAGCUUCCUUUGCUGCAAAAGUGUCGGUUCCAGCAAAUUCACACCAGGGCCAGUGCAACAACCCACAAUGUGAACAUUGUGGCCAGGUGAUAAUACCGUCACCAGCGGCAUCGUAUCCACUUGAAGAUAGGCCGUCUAUAACCAUAAACAAUUGGAGCAUCUUUACGCAAAAAAGACCAAUUUUAAACUCGGCAGAAUUGGACUAUUUGAGUGAAAAUCGCUUCGACUUCCCACUACCGGAAAUGAUCUUUGGCAAUAAUGUUGUGAAGAUUGUAAAUGACACCACAGGAGAAGCAAUUGAGUUUAAUGCUCUUGAUGCUCUUGACUCGUUGGAAGACGACUGUAAGUUGAAAGUGAGCUAUCACCAAGAAUGGCUCAACUCGCGACGUUCAAAACAAUCUCUGCUGUCUGAAAAAUCGGAAAAAGCUCUUAAGGAAAACUCAACGAGAGAUCUCAAGACGUUCACAGACAACUUGGAUACGCUAAAACCGUACGACUGGACAUAUUCGCCCAACUACAAGGGCACAGAAACCAACUUGACAUUGUACGAAACCACAGAAGAGAUUCCUGUGAAAAAGCUACUUCAGCCAGAUCCCAUUCUUUUCUUCGACGAGUCGAUACUUUUUGAGGACGAACUUGGUGAUAACGGCAUUCUGAUGCUUCUGACCAAAAUUCGGGUGAUGCCUGGAUGCCUUUUGUUGUUGUGUCGGUUCUUCCUUCGAAUCGACAAUGUAAUUUUCAGAGUAAGAGACACGAGAGUGUUCAUAGACUUUGAGACGAAUCUUCUUUUACGAGAGCACAAGGAACAAGAAUAUCCUUACGACGAUCUUUUCAAGAAGAUCACUACUUCUAAAAACGCCAACACUAACGACCCCAAAAAGCUCUUGCGGGACACCAAUUGGGUGUCGCAGAAUAUUCCUGUAGUCAGAACAAUUCGAGAAACGAACCAAAAGCCGGAAUCUGUCUAA